AUGCCAGCUAAGAAGAAAGAUCCACCAGACGGACGUAAUGUCCCUCCAAGUGCCAACACGAUGAACUUUGUGAACCCAGUUUAUCAGAAUCAGUGGCCUACACAAGCUCAAAUGCAACAAGCCCAAAUGGCAGCAGUGGCUGGCCACUUAGCAGAGAAUCCAAGAGUGCCUCCCGGACUUGUACGGGAAAACGGAGGACAACGUCAUGAUCAUCAUCAGAACCAGCUGCAGCAUCAGCAACAUAUUCAGCAACUUCAACAGAUUCACCAACAACAGCAGCUGCAGCAGCUGGAACAACAUCGCCAUCACCAUCUGCAGCAAAAAAAUUAUCGGGACCAACAACUUCAACAGGAGCACCAGCAGCAGCUUCAUCAACAGCAACAGAGGCAGCAAAAUCAGCCGAACCAGCAAACUCCACUGCAGCAACUACAACACCAGCUUGAUCGAAAAGUUCAAAACAAUCAAUCAAUAGGGUCAUCGUCAGGACUUGGUGACACGAUCAUCAAUAAAAUGGCUCGUGUAAGAACGCAAAACUUGCAAUCUACGCCACCGACAAAUGCUUCAAGACGUCAUAAUGAACCGACGGACCCUCGUCUUAAUGCAAUCCCUAUCGGUCGAAAAGAGACCGCUCCCCCAUGGACAGGAAACAAUGUCAGCAGACGUGGGCCACGAAAGACUUCUCAUCGGGCCUUAGAGAAUGAGGAGCAAGCUCACGUUGGUCAAACGGAUGCUCCAACAGAUCACACGCUAGAGAUUCCAGCUGAAAUUCUGAACCAAACUCGUUUUCAACAACAACAAGCAAACCAACUUCCACAAAAUAUAGGAAUACAUCCACCUGGCUUUGGGUCAGCAGCACGUACUCAUCCUCUCUCUGCGUUGCGGCAUCAUAUGCCAGCAGUCACUCAGGCUUACACUAUUACUGUAAAUCAAAACGAGACAAUUCUGAAUACUAAAAAUGCAAAUGUUCAAGUAACUCGUAACGCGCAGACACCUUCAAUUGUGAAAAUUGAGGAGAUGGAAAUAAAACAAGAAGUAGAUCACGAGUUGGAUCAAGCAGAAUUUUUGCUAAAUACUUUAGCAAUAUAUCAACAAGCUGUCACAGCGGCGCAACCCGCGGAUGGAAAUCCACGCGUUCCAGUCACACCUGAAACGCCAAUUUUAUCUGAUCAACUUCGUGCACGUAUUCAAUCGCAAGAAUAUGCUGAGCUGUCAUUCUCUGAUUUACUUGCAACCGCUUCCAACCAACUUGCGAUCGAUCCGAGCACAUCUGCCACUCUUUCCAACGACCACCAGCCAAGUGAGCCAACUACACCGAGUAAACGUGUGGAAGGGGGCGGACUCCCACCACCAACUGUCAGAAGGCCGAGAAAAACAGCUCACAGAGAAGAGGAGAUGGGGAUACAAUCUGGUAAUCAAAAGAAAGAAGAAAACCCGACUUCAUUACCUGCGCUUGGAACACACAUCAAGGUAACAAGGGGUCGGAAACCGAAGCUGGGAAGAGAGAAACCUGUCAAAGACCCGAAUAAUCCACAAAGAAAGCGAGGCAGGCCCAGCAAAGCUGACAUUAUGCUGAAAAAAAUCAAGAAAGAAGAACCAGGAUGGAAGGAAACGACGAUCAACCGUUCUACACAUAAUGCUAAUGCUUACGAACCGCCAUUGGUGAACAAUCCCCUUCCAUCUACAUGUGUUCCUCCAGUUGCUCCAUCACCAACAAGAGCCGCAGUGAACGUUCCAAAAUCGGUCAGAAGUCUCCCAGAUUCAAAAUCAGAUCAUGGAGUUUUGUUACCUGUUCCACCAGUUGAGCUUUCAAUCGAACAACAACGAGAAGAAUGGGAUAGACGACUUCUGGAAAAUGCACUCAUCGAUGGGGCCUUCCAAAUGUUUGGGACGUUUCGAAUGCUACUUUGA